AUGUGCUAUGACCAAGACGCACCUGUUCUCCCAAGGAGUCCGGUGCCAGGCUCCCCACCUCGACCAAGGAGGAGGAUCGAGUCACGUAGCCUUUCUCGCGAAUCUAAGCCAGCAUCUCUCAAGCUUACCAUCAGCAACGGUUCAACAGCGACUGUGCCCUCUACCCCAGCAUUUCCAGCACGAUCAGAGUCUCUCCCUUCUUCAGCAAUAGAGGAGAAAGAUCUUCCACCUCCACCACCUGCAAAGUCCGAGAGGCGGAAGUCGAUUAAGCAGUCUAAUACGGGAAGCCAAUCGUCAAGGCCAGCGACGGAUCUCGCGAGAAACGAUUCGCUUCUUUCCCAAGGCGAAAGCAGAGACUCUACGGAGACGUCUACUACAACCACAUCAUCGGUUAUUGGGCGCAAAGCAGUACCAGACCAAGGUCUCAAGAAGUUCAAAAGUCUGGCAGAACUGAAUAACGGACCGCGAGGAAGGAAGGGCGCUCCAAUGCCCCCCACAUCAGCGCCCAGAAACUUGAGCGUUGAUAGCCAGCGAUCAGAUGCUGUCUCAAGGAAAGGCAGUGUCGACAGUCAAGCAAACAUGCCCGAGGCUGCCACACCUCAGCCCGCCGAAAAGCUACGAAAGACGGAAGCAGAGCUCCCACCGACACCAGAGGAAGAACAAGACACCAGGGUCCCUGUACCACCUAAGAAAGUCUUCACGGGUCUUCCCUCAAACCCUCGUAUCAAAGCCCCGGCAUCGCCCCUUCACUUCCGCGGCAAAAGCAGCACAGGCUUCAAUGUCUUGAAGGUAUAUAUUUGCCUCCCUUUUCCCUCCCCAGUACUUGUACGAUAG